AUGCAACUUGAAAGAAACCUGUUGGAAAGCUGUCCCGUGCCCCAUGAACUCAAGUGGUCACGUGAAAGCUCCCUAUAUAACUCUCAGAUCAGACAGAAAGUCAUUAGUUGUUUCCGAGAUUUCAAGAUGAUUCACAAGUCCCAUGCCACCGCCCAAAGGUCCUUCAGGUGCCACGUGUGCGGCAAAGUGUUCGGCCAAAAGGGCCAUCUGCUGAUUCACAACAAUGUCCACGCGGAGGUGAGGCCCUUCGGAUGCGACACCUGCGGCAGGCGCUUCACUCAGAAGGGGAACCUCCUUCGGCACUCGCUGUUGCACACCAACGAAAAGCCCUUCGGAUGCGGCAUCUGCAGGAAGUUCUUCGUGCAAAAGGCUCAUUUGGUGAAGCACGUCGUGGUGCACAGGCAGAGGCUGGCUGCCCUUAGAAGGUGUCGGCGGAGGGAGGCGUCCGAGCGAGGGCCUUCCGCUGAGGCCAAGGAGACCUCCCUCAGGUGCAAGGUCUGCGGAUUGCAGUUCAGGCGGAUCUUCAAGCUGAUGGAACACCUGAAGGUCCAGCAUAUUCUGGGAAAGGAAAGGAAAUAA